AUGUCGUUCAAAGUUAACUGGAAAUCAUUAGAAUCCGAUUCUCUAGGCGGUUGGACCCGUGAGAUCCUCACGGAAGUGUUGAAUAGCGGGAAACGGCCGAAUAUUUUAGCAUCAAGUAUCGCCAUUAAAGAUUUAAAUUUCGGUAAAAUUGCACCUGAAUUUGAGAUUUUGGAAAUUGGAGAAUUGGAUAGAGAUAGAUUUAGAGGAAUUUUCAAAAUUACUUAUGAAGGUGAUUUCCAUUUAACUUUACAUACUGAAGUUCAAGCUAAUCCUCUAAAUAUCUAUACCGCUAAUUCUCAUGAAUCGUUUGCUGGUUACGAUGAAUCAUUUGUUACCCCACACUUUUUACUUUCUUCUGAUCCAUUUGCAAUUCCUUUAGAUUUGAAAUUAAGUGAUAUUAAAAUCAAUGGGAUAGGUAUCAUUGUAUUUUCAAAGUCAAAAGGUCUUACUCUUGUGUUUAGAAAUGAUCCAUUGGAUAGUAUAAAAGUAUCUUCAACGUUUGAUACUGUUCAAGUCUUGGCAAAUUUUUUACAAAAGCAAAUUGAAAAUCAAAUCCGUGAUUUGUUUAGAGAAACUUUACCAACUUUGAUCCAUCAAGUUAGUUUGAAAUAUACUGAUUUGAAUAAGGAUACUUUUGUUGAUUUACACUCAGAAAUCUCAAACUAUAUGGAUACUCCUCCUGCUCCCUCUUUACCACCCUUUGAUGUCAAUAUUGCUUAUUCAUCUGCUAAUCUUCAACGGAAUUUACAUUAUUUCACCUCAAGAGAAACUUUAGAUUUACAUGUUCCCAAGUUCAAACAUAUUAUCCAAAGAGCUCAUUUGGAUAUUUUAACCAAGAAAGUGCCUAACCUUUUGGACUCAUUAAAUGAAAGUUUACUGUUAGCUCCAGAAAAUUACUUCCCUAAAAUCUCAACCAAUGCAGUUCCAAUUGAUUUACUUUCUGAUUCUGAUUAUAAUAAAGUUGGUUCGAUUAUUGAUGAAAUUAGUCGUAUUCAAUCUUCAUCAUUUAUGAAAGGGGGUGCAACAACAACAGGUGGUAAUGGUGGUACUACUACAACUAAUAAGCCACACCGUAGGGUUAUUAAAUUAGGUGGUAAGUUGAAAUCAAAGAACAAUAAGGUUAAAUCUAUGCAACCUCCUCCUUCUGAUGACCUCAUUAAUGAUGGAGGUAUGACACUGCUCACACAAGAUUUCUCAUCACCAAGACCUUCUACUGCACCUAUUAUUUCUGAUUCCGAAACGUCUACACUUGUAGAUGUGUGUUCACCUAUGUCAUUAACCAACUCCAUUGAGAUUAAACAUCCUACGCCAAUGAGAGUUUCUCAAUCCAAGAGUCUUCAAGAUGAUAUUAAUCUUAUUGAAGAUUCAGAACAGAAGAUUCUGGUUUCUAAUGUUAAACCAAAAGGUCUUUUUGUGGAACCAUCACCAUGUGAUCCACCACCAACUAUUUCCACUCAACAAGAACAACAACAUUCACAUUUAAUUGGUUCCUUCACACCAGAAUUGAAUGGGUGUUCAACUUUCCUUAGCAAAACAAAUUCAAAUUCAAGUUCUUCCUUUUUGACAGGUGUGGGACUUGGAAACAAUUAUUUCAAUUUCACACAGAAUCACCAACCUUCAACUUCUCCAAUUCGUAGAGAAUUGGCUCAACUGGUGGUUACCGAACGCAAAAGUCAAACCAAAUCAAAUAACUACAUUGAUUUGAAGAAAAUAAGCAUUGGUGGUCAUGAAUCAUCUAGAUUAUUUGAUAUUCCACCUCCACCUUAUUAUGCUUCCAGUUAUGUUUGA